GAAUUUAAAUGAACGCUAAGCUGUACCUUGUUACUGAUGCAUAAAUCACGCUUUUUUUUUUACAAAAUUGUAACAAUUUCACUUGAAGAUUAUUCGUAUAUAACGAAUACUUGGACUUUAUACGUAAUAAAUAAGAGGUAACAAGAAUGAGCAGCAGUCAUAAAACAUUUUGGAGCAAUAGGAGGUUAAUAUAAACAACAUUUUAUAAGAGGAAUAGAAGAGGAACAUGAUGCUCUUAUUUAGUUGACGAUGUACAGCAUUUGAAAAGGGAAUUGGCAAUGAAAUCCUUGGAAAAGAGUACCUUGGCUUCAGUUAUUAGAAUUGAAACAAAUAUUGCUGAAAGUAGUAAUAAAAGAACAUUGAGGAGCUCAAAUAAAAAACAGGAUGAAAGUGACAUUGGAAAGUAUUUUGGAGAGAGUAUGGAUUUUUCAGAAAAUCAGGAAAGAGAGAUUUCAGAUUUCAAAGGAGGAGGAAAAGUGUCUCCUAAACAAUCAACCAAAAGACUGAAACACGAUGAAUCUGAUAUUGGAAAGUAUUUCAAAGAUAGCAUUGGACUAUCACAAAUACCAUGUGGUUCCAUGGAACUACAUAGCUCCAAGCCUGAAGAGAAAAAAAUUACAAAGAAAAGAAAAGGCAAUUAUUUGACAAAAAUCGUUGAAAUUGCUAAUAUUACUGAAGAGAAUAUUAACGAACAGUAUCCAAAAACUGAAACUACAAUUAAUAGAUGCAAUAAAAAUGAAGAUAUACAGGAUUCUCCUGUUACUGAUUUCAGCAGACUCGUAAUAACAACUGCAAAGUCCAUAGAAAAUACUAAAACACCUUCCAAUUGUGAUAAGGAAUCAUUUACAAUUUCUACACAAGAUUAUUGCAAAUUAUCGUCCUGGGGUUUACCACCAGCCAUUCUUGAGAAAUAUGAGUCACGUGGUGUUACAUUUAUGUUUCCCUGGCAAGUAGAAUGUCUAUCAAAUCGCCAGCUAAUGGAAGAUUGUCGAAAUUUAGUAUAUUCAGCUCCUACUUCUGCUGGCAAAACUCUUAUAUCCGAAAUACUUAUUAUCAAAACAGUUUUGGAACGUCGCAAGAAAGCUAUAUUUAUCUUGCCAUUUGUUUCGGUUGUACGAGAAAAAAUGUUUUACUUUCAAGAUCUCUUAUCUAGUAGUGGCAUCAGAGUGGAAGGAUUCAUGGGAGGAAUCAGUCCUGCAGGGGGUUUCUCAGCUACUCACAUUGCAAUAGCGACUAUUGAAAAAGCAAACUCUUUAGUUAAUCAUUUAAUGGAAGAUGGUGGUUUAGAAUCAUUGGGAGCGGUAGUGAUCGAUGAAUUACAUCUGCUGGGAGAUCCAAAUCGUGGAUAUCUACUUGAGUUGCUUUUAACAAAAUUAAAAUAUAUGACACUUAGAGAAGAACAUGUACGAAUACAAUUAAUUGGCAUGUCUGCUACACUUCCAAAUCUCAAUCUUUUAGCUUCCUGGUUAGAUGCGGAGUUGUAUAAAACUGAAUUUAGACCUGUACCACUUAACGAACAAUGCAAGAUUGGAAAAACUAUAUACGAUGCUAAAAUGUGUCCAAUCAGAAACUUAACACCUUAUCCAGAUUUAUCAGCAGACUCAGACGAUAUUAUACAACUUUGUAUCGAAACAAUAGCAAAUGGUCACAGUGUCCUGAUAUUUUGUCCCACAAAAAAUUGGUGUGAGAAGUUAGCAUUGCAGUUGGCUUCAAUGUUUUUUAAAUUAGGACGUGGAGAACACCCAUUAGGUCAGAUCUUAAAGAAACAGUUGGAUGUUACAGCAAUUACUGAAACAUUGGAGCAACUCAAGCGUAGUCCAAUUGGAUUGGAUAGUGUGCUUAAAAACACAAUUUCAUUUGGAAUUGGUUUUCAUCAUGCUGGACUGACUAUGGAUGAGCGUGACAUUAUAGAAGGAUCUUUUAGAACUGGUGGUCUAAGAGUAUUGACAGCCACUUCGACAUUGAGCAGUGGCGUUAAUUUACCUGCAAGAAGAGUAAUCAUCAGAUCACCAAUAUUUAAUGGGAAACCCUUGGAUACUCUUACUUACAAGCAAAUGAUAGGACGUGCUGGUCGAAUGGGAAAGGACACUGCUGGCGAAAGUAUUCUUGUAUGUAAAACGAAUGAACACACUGCUGGCAAGAUAUUAUUAUCAGCUUCCUUAGAACCAAUAGAAUCUUGUCUUGAAGGCUCUGGACCAUUAAUUCGAGCAUUGUUAGAAGCAGUGGCUAGUGAAGUAGCAUACACUGCGGCAGAUCUUAAUCUGUACACCAGAUGCACUCUUGUUAACUUCAAUCAACAGAACGGCAUGGAUGAUUCCACAAAGGAUGCUCUACAAUUUUUAGUGGAUAGUGAAUUUAUUCUUUUACAAGAAACUGAAACAGGAGAACAAAGAUGGGUAGCAACUCCACUUGGCAAAGCUUGUCUCGCAGCAUCAGUUCCUCCAAGGGAUGGUUUGUUCUUGUUCGAAGAAUUACAAAAGGCUAGAAAAUGUUUUGUCCUGGAUUCUGAAUUACAUAUUAUUUAUUUGAUAACUCCAUUCAAUUCUGGUAGUCAAAUUGGACAGAUUGAUUGGAUGAUAUUUUUGGAACUCUGGAGAGCAUUAUCAGAGAGUGAACGUAGAGUUGGACAGCUUGUAGGUGUGGAAGAGCGAUUUGUAAUGUCUGCUGUUCGCGGCACAGUAAAGACCGGUAAAGUUUUAGACAUACACAAAAGGUUUUACACUGCAUUGGCUUUGCACGAUUUGGUACGUGAAGUACCCCUUAGUAGUGUGUGCCAAAAAUAUGGAUGCUGUCGCGGUCUUCUACAAAGUUUACAACAAUCAGCAGCAACUUUUGCCGGGAUGGUUACACAAUUUUGCAAGGAGUUAGGAUGGGAUUGCUUAGAGCUAUUAGUGGGACAAUUUCAAACACGUUUACAAUUUGGUGUUUGCCGUGAGCUUUUGGAUCUGCUACGUCUCCCAUUGUUAAAUGGUCUUCGAGCAAGAAGUCUUUAUAAAGAAGGUAUCACAAACGUAAUGGAAUUAGCUGUUGCGAAUGAAUUGGAUGUCGAACGUGCAUUGUACAAAGCCCUUCCAUUUGAGAGUGGAAAGGAACAAGAUGGAGAACACGAAGUGGAAGCUGCAAGAAGGAAUAAAAUGAGAACUAUAUUUGUUACUGGUCGGGAUGGUCUGACACCUCAUCAAGCAGCAAUUAUGUUAGUGCGAGAAGCCAGAACUUUGAUUCAGAAUGAGUUAGGAGUUGAAGAAUUACGGUGGAAAGAGUCUCAGAAAGUGAAAGAUAAUCAACCAGUUAAGAGUACUAGUAGGUUCUUAAACAAUAGUCGAAUUGAUGAUACUGCUGCUAAAUGUUCUAUCAGCUUAUCCAGUAGGUUCAGUCAAUCUAAUACCAGUAGUGUUAAUACUUCUCAAACAGCACAAACGCAUAUUCAAGCAAUAAAACAAAAUAUAACUGAGAGUAAUGUUUAUAAUACUUCAAAAUGUUGUACAUCCGUGUCAAAUAGUGUUAAAGGUAUAAGCGCUGUACUUAACAGUACUGAAAUUGCUAAAAGCAAGGACGAAAAGAAUGUUUUAAUGAAAGAGAACAAAGAAAAUGAGUAUACCGUAAAGAAUAAAAUUAACGAAGAUGGUAAAUGCGAGUCUAUAAAUAAGACUGUGAAAAAGUCCAAAUUUAGAUUACUAAGAUCGUCAAAACCACGAAAAACAGAGAAGUCUGUCGAAGAGUCAAAAGAGACUUCAACGCUUUUAGUUAAUGCAUCUGGGAAUUCAACAAUUUCCAGAUGCUCAAAGAAUAAUGAAGCGCUAAUUGUUGAAAAACAAAGUGUGAGUCCUAUCCAGUUGACUACAAUACCCACCACUAAUUCAGAAAAUAUUGAAUUUGUUGAACCUUCACCUAAGGCAUCAACUCAUUCAACAUUGAAACAAAUAUUAAGUGAUAGUCAACAUAAUCAUGAGUGGUCUACAUUUAAAAUCGAUGAUAUUCAAUCAAAAUUGGAAUCAAAAUUGGUUGCUACAAGCAGAACAGAUGUGACUGUGACACUAAAUCAAAGCGCAGUACAAAAUGUGGACUCGAGAAGUCCCAGUCUAUUUGGUGACAGUUUUUAUUUAGAUACCCAAGCUUGCAAUGCCUUAGAACAAAAUGUAAAUGACAUUUUGGAAAUUCCUGUAUUCGAAGAAAAAAAUGUAUCAUCGUCAAAUCAAGUCAGUACUAAGAAUUUGGAAAUUCAACCACAGAGCCUGGAUCAAUAUUUGUUACCUAAUGAUGACUCUUGGAACGAUACAAGAAAUUUAAUAAAAAAGGCAAGUGCACUUAAAAGUCAGAGUACGCCUGGAACAUCAAAGCCAGAAAAUUGUAAAAAUAAAAAUAUCUUAAACAUUUUUGAUAAUGUCGAAGAGAUAUCUGCAACUCCAAUCACAAAAGAUUAUUCUCGAGUUAAAUCAUUGACUAGCAAGUCUUACACGCUGAACAGGAAAACAACUAAGGUAAUAAAAAGUGUAACGAGUAAUACAAGUCCUAAGAACCCAAAGUUGAACGCAAAAUAUCUUGACUCAGAAAAAUCACCAAUAGCCAGCGUAUUGACCUUCGCUGCCAAUCGUCGAUUAUCUCUAGAUUCAAACAAGUCUGAUUCAGAUGACAUAAUAAUAUCAUCACAAAAUAUAGAACCAUGCGUUAGCACAAGCAAAAAUCGUACUAGAUCAAAAUUGGAAACCACAAGAAGAUUAUUGGCUACACAGCAAAUGGCUAAGUUUAGCGCAAGAAAGAUAAAUAGACUUCAGGAAUUGAAGAUGUUGGAAAUGAAUACGAUAGAAAAUGCAUUAAAAACUAGCAGAGACAUAAAAUAUACAGUGAAUGAUGUACGAAAAAGAAUUGGUAGUGGAAAUUGUAGCACGGAUAGUAUUGUAUCCAAUUCGGAUGAAGAUGCUCCAGUGAAGAAACUGAAGACCACACAAAAAUCCAGAAAUAUACAACCAACUGUUAAAUCUAUUCCAACGAAUAUAACAAAAGUACGAGAUCACCAGAUAAUUAAUUUGGAAGAUCAGGAUUAUUGGGACGAAGAGAAAGAAAAUUUGGAAUGGAACACAAUGAGCAUCACAAAUGUGGCCACAGACAGAAUAAUUUUCAAUUCGUUUAAGCGUCAUUUAAAAAGUCGAACAGAAAUCGCCAUGGCUCUGGCUUGUGAAAGAUCAAUGAAGGAUCAAAUUACUAUAGGAACAAGGAUUAUUGGUAUAACGUCUAAUGAUGAUAAAAAAAAAUCAAAAAAGAGUGAAAACUAUGUUUACGAUGAAACUAAAUUAAGUGGAGUUGCAAUAUCAUGGGGAAGAAAAAUCUAUUAUAUUCCCUUUGGUAACGUGCAUGACACCAAAAUUUCUACUAAAGAACGUAUUAGUCUAAUAACUGAUUUACUAUCUUCAUCAUCUUUAACUGUACACUGCUUCGCUACUAAGGAUGUUUUAAAAACUUUGUAUCGCUGUUGUGCUAUUUCUCCAUCAUGUUUAUUUCUUGAUCCGAAAACUGCAGAGUGGCUAUUGAAUCCAGAUGCUCUUGAAAAAAGCUUUGUUACUAUGGCAAGUGAAUAUUUCCCACAAGGACUUGACCUACUACAACAUGCUGGUACGUGUUAUGGCAGUGUAGGGUCUGGAAUGGAUUUUAAAAGUGUAAUAGCAGGGGAUACCCGGGCAGCUAUAGAAGUUGUAAUAACUUGGUUUAUCAUGGAUGCACUUUUAAAGAAAUUAAGCAUUCAGAAUUCAACACUCUUGGAUACUUUUAAAGAUAUUGAGAUGAAAGCAGUGGCUACUUUAGCACGAAUGGAAUUAACGGGAUUAGGUAUUCACCUAAAAUCAUUAGAAGAACUAUCAUCAGUCAUUCAACAAGAAAUGUCAUCUCUGGAGCAACGAGCUUAUGCACUAGCAGGAAAAAAGUUCAAUUUCUCUUCGUCUAAGAAUAUAGCCCAGAUUCUUGGAAUGUAUAAAGGAAAGAAAAUUAGCACGAAUAAAGCAGUAUUGGAGCAAUGUGAAAAUCCAAUUUCCAGUCUAAUUAUAUCCUGGAGAAAACUAAAUUCUACUCAAACUAAAAUUGUUUUUCCCUUAUUGAAAAUGGCACAGAGUAGUAGAAGAAUUCAUGGAAACUGUGUGACCCAUACCGUAACCGGCAGAGUAUCAAUGUACGAACCGAAUUUACAAAAUGUACCCAGAGAUUUCAAUUCUGAAGACAAUAGCUUCGUUAUUAGCGUUCGUAUGGCAUUUAUUCCUACAACGGGUAAUAUUUUACUCUCGGCAGAUUAUUGUCAGUUGGAGUUACGGAUUCUAGCACAUUUUUCAAAAGACAUUUUCCUGUGUAACAUUAUGCAGAGUGAGGGUGACGUAUUUAAGAGUAUAGCUGCAAAGUGGAAUGGAGUAACCGAAAAAGAGGUCGAUGAUAAAAUGCGUCAGCGUACCAAACAAUUAUGUUAUGCAAUGAUUUAUGGCAUGGGAGCAAAGGCUUUGGCAGAACAUUUAUCAGUAACUGAACUUGAAGCUGCAGAAUUCAUGGAAACUUUUAUGGCGACAUAUCCAGAUGUUCAACAGUGGUUAAAAAAUGUUAUAGAACAAGCAAGAAUCGAUGGAUACAUAACAACCCUUAUGGGACGUCGAAGAAUACUUCCAGCUUUAAAAAGUUCAAAUAAAGCUGAGAAAUCACAAGCAGAGAGGCAGGCAGUCAAUACAAAAAUUCAAGGCUCUGCAGCAGAUCUUGCGAAGAAAGCUAUGAUAACCGUAGAGGAGAGAAUGAAACAAGAAUUUAUAAAUAUACCUCCAGUUCUUACUGUAGCAGAAACAAAACGGAAAUUACGCAGUAACAGUAGAGAUUCACACCCCCGUGGUGGAUUUUUAGUAUUGCAGCUCCACGAUGAAUUAUUAUAUGAAGUAAAUAUGGCUGAUUUACAUCGGGUCGCUGGCAUUGUGAAAGAAUCAAUGGAACAAGUUCAGGAAUUAAUGGUACCACUGCCUGUUAAAAUAAAAGUAGGUCCCGCAUGGGGUGAUCUUACGGAAUAUGUAUUUAAUCAAUCAUGAAAAUGUUCGGUUCAAUGAAGGGGUCGAUAAAUUCUAGUUUUAUAUUUUUAUACACUUAAAAAAAUCACUUGCUAUUGCAAUAUAUUGAAAAUUAUGACGUAUACAUUUUUACAUAAUUUUCAAUCAACAGAAUACUGUAAUUGUACAUAAUGAAUUGAAUUAUUAAAAAAGUUAUUAAUAUUGAAUGAACAUAAUGAACUGUGAAAUAAAACUUGGUAACGUCGAAGUAACGAAACCAAAUGUUUCUUA